UUAAACUCUGCUAACUCUUUGGUUUUCCUGGCUGAUUCAGGCAACCCAUUCCAUUCUCUAAUCAAUGGCACUAUUAUAGUCACUAGAUGUUCCUUCAGAGUUGAAAUAAAUGAAGAUAAUCUACUUCCUAGGUGAAAUCUCUGCAAGAUGAUGGGGAUGGCAGUGAACAGUUUUUCAGAUAUCCCUUAGCGGAAAUGCCAAAAGUAAGCUAUCUCUCCAAUGUUCACUGGACCUGACAGACAAUCAAGGAUUGAAAUCACUGAAUCCAAAUUUAGUUGCAGCCAAAGUGAGCGAAAGUAUGAAAAAUGUUAUGAAUCAAGAAAGACCUUCAGUUAAUACCAAGGAAGUGAUUACAGUUAACACAAGUCUGGACCUGGACACAUUCUCAAAGCUCUUACCUUUCUUGCGAUGUUACUUUGUGAAUUCUCCGGUGAAUGAAGAAAACAAACUAAAUGUGGAGGACCAAGCCUCAAAAACUACUAGACUUAUCAAGACUACAAAUCCAAUUUAUUCAACUAAUGCUGAUGCCUCAAACACAACCAGACUUAACCAGACCACUGACCCAACCUAUUCAACUAAUGCUGAUGGCUCAAUGGAAAAAAAAAUCCUAAUGGUCAUUUCAAUUUGCUCAACUUUCUUGAUUGCUGUCGCAUUGGCUCCUCAACAGCUGUUCAAUUUAGUAUUCAAAGCAAUGCUGUGGUCUGCACCUCCAAUGCUGCUGAAGAAAUAGAGAUUGCAAACAGUACAGAAGAAAACCAUGUUUAUGACUCAGUAAUAUAUACAGGAUAUUAGACCUUCCAGCCCAAGACUUCAGAGGACCUAACUAAAUGCUACAAGUAUUUCUGACCUAAGUAUCCAGCCUGAAACUUCGGAGAGCCUAACUGAAAGCAUCCCAACCAUUAUUGCUGACCAAACUCCCAAGACUUCAGAGGGCCUAACUAUAACUAUUAAUAGAACCUCCACCCGUAUUGCUGACCAAACUGAAACAGAU